AUGGUCAAAGCCGGUUUCAUCUCGUCUCUCUUGUCCCUGGCAGCCGUCACCAGCGCCUGGGAUGCUCCCAACUAUGGCGGCUUUUACCGAAUAUGGCAGGACAACUUUGGUGGCAACGCCGGCCAGCUCCCCAACGAGGGCAACUGGAACAUCAUCUCCGGCAACCUCGGCGUCAACAACGAGCUCCAAGUCUACCAGCGUGACAGCCGCAAUAUCCAAGUCAGCGGCGGCAACACCCUGCAAGUCGUCCCCUUUCGAAACGGCAACGGCUGGACCUCUGGCCGCAUCGAGUCCAAGUACACCUUUACGCCCAAGGGCGGCCAAGUCACCCGCGUCGAGGCCGCCAUCCGCUUCGGCAGCAACAGCAUCAACAAUAAACAGGGCAUCUGGCCCGCCUGGUGGAUGCUCGGGGACUCGAUCCGCCACGGCGUCCAGUGGCCCGGCUGCGGCGAGCUCGACAUCCUCGAGACGGUCAACGGGCAGCUCGUCGGCCACGGCACCAUGCACUGUGACACGUUUCCCGGCGGCAUCUGCAACGAGGGCAACGGCAUCGGCGCCUCCGUCGGGUUUCCCAACCAAGACUGGCACACCUGGCGCCUCGAGAUUGACCUCCGCAACGGAAACUGGGUCGACCAGAGCAUCGUCUGGUAUCUGGACGGCCGCGAGUUUCACCGCAUCACGGGCAGCCGCAUCAACAACUACAACGUCUGGCACUCUGUGGCGCAGAGCCCUCUGUACUUUAUCCUCAACGUCGCUGUUGGUGGCAACUGGCCCGGCUAUCCCAACGGAAACACUCAAGAUGGAUACGGUAGCAUGAUGGAAGUCGGAUAUACUGCACAUUAUGUCAGCCAGUAG